AACCACACAAGACCGAAACAUAUUUCCUUAGCGCAGGUCAAUGGUUUAGUUCCAAGGGUUUCUGCUUGUCCCUGUCCUCCAGCUACAAAGUCCCAGGUUUUGGUACUCUCUCCCUCUCUCAUAUUCUACUCUUUACUUACCAAAUUGUUAGAAUUUUCCUUCUUUUAGAUGCUUGUUUAUGGGUGAUUUUCUCUUUCUGUAUUGAAUCUGUAAUUUCUUUACUCCCCCAUUCUUAUGGAUUCCCAAGAAAAUCAAGAACCCCAUCACUCACCACAACCCACUCAAACUCACCCCUUGUUCUUCAAAUUCAGUUGCUUCUAUUUAUUGUCAAUACUAGUUCUACUUCUAGCAAUCUUAUUCAGUUUCACCUACACAGACUACUACAAAAUUCAAUUUCUGAAUGCAACUCUCUCACCAGAGUCUUCCCAUUUUCAUAAGCUUCUAGGGUUUCUUCACUCAAACCCAACAACCAAACAAAACCCACAACCAAACCCUAUUUCCAAACCGCCUUAUUGUGUGCUAUGGAUGGCCCCUUUUCUUUCAGGUGGUGGGUAUAGCUCAGAAGCUUGGUCUUAUAUCUUAGCUUUACAUGAAAACAAGAAAAACCCUAGCUUUAGAAUGAGUAUUCAUCAACAUGGUGAUCUUGAAAUUCUUGAGUUUUGGGAGGGUUUGCCUCAGGAGAUGAAAAAAUUGGCUCUUGAGCUUUACCAAACAGAAUGUGAAAUGGAUGAUAAUACCAUUGUGAUAUGUCAUAGUGAGCCUGGUGCUUGGUACCCUCCUCUGUUUCAGACACUCCCAUGCCCACCAACUGGUUAUGAAAAUUACAGAUUCAUAAUUGGUAGGACUAUGUUUGAGACUGAUAGGUUGAAUCCUGAGCACGUAAGGCGGUGUAAUCAAAUGGAUUCUGUAUGGGUUCCUACUGAAUUCCAUGUGUCUACAUUCAUACAAAGUGGGGUUGAUUCGUCGAAGGUUGUGAAAAUUGUUCAACCUGUUGAUGCGAAUUUCUUUGAUCCUGUCAAGUAUAAGCCAUUAGACCUUGCCUCUAUAGGGACUAUAGUUUUGGGCUCAACUCCAUUGAAUUCAAAUCCCGAUAACAAGUUUGUUUUCUUGAGCAUUUUCAAGUGGGAAUAUAGGAAGGGUUGGGAUGUGUUGUUGCAGGCAUACUUAAAAGAAUUCUCUAACGUCGAUGGGGUUGCUUUGUAUUUGUUAAC